AUGCGGAUCUGCCGCGCCGGGUUUCCGCUCGGGCUCUCGCUCGUGGUGCUGGCGGCGGGUCGCUCCAGCGGCAGCUCCGGAAGCUGCCAGGCGGCUGCGCAGGCCCAGAUCCGCCGGGCGCCGGACGGCAAAGGGAUGGCCACCACCAGCAGCCACAUCUUCAAGAGCCAGCUGGCCGAGCAUUUCUGUGAGCACGGGGCUGGCAUGACAGUUCUGGAGCUGGGGACGCACCAUGGCCACACCACGGCCGUCUUGGCGGCCAUCUUUCGCAAGGUCAUCGCCGUGGACAUCCUGAAAUCCUCCUUGGACAUGGCGGCGAGGCACGUCGGCGAGCUGGCAAACGUGUUUCUGCUGUCUUUGGAUCUUCGAGCCGCUGAUUGGCAGGCGAUAGCCAGCAACGAUGUGAGCGUGGUCCUCGUCGGCGCGAAUCAUGACUACCAGGCCGUGCUCUCGGGCGUGCGCAAUGCGCUGAGCUACUUCCCGUCACUCCGGUUUCUGGUCUUCGACGACUACUUCCAAGACUCCGUGCACCGAGCCGUGACCGAGCUUGAGGAGGCCGGUGUUCUGGUGAACUGUGAGGCCCUGGGCGCUGGCUGGGAUGGAAGGCACUGGUACGUACGGUCCUCCCGGGUGAACCGUUCAGAGGGUCGGAUCUGCCAAGCUGGUCACGGGAACCUCGGGCAGCUUCUGAAGCAGAGCUUCCUCAACCGCAGCUUCUACGUCUACAGGCUUCCGCUGAACAUGCACCCCUCGGGCUACAUGCGCUUCCUCCCGGAUGGGAGUCUCCAGUCCUCCCAGUGGAGCGACGGUGCCUGGAGAUUGCCGCAGGACCCGGGCCUGCUGGAUGACUUUCUGCUGCUCAGCAUCCCCGGCCUCUCCCACGAGCCGCUGCUCUUGCAGUUCAACCAGCGACGUGUGGCUUUCCUUCUCUGCAACUUCCACACGAAGGAGGCAGAAUGGUUCGGACUUGUCGCGGAUGUGCUGGAGCAGCCCUUCAUGCUGGCGAACCAGGGCUUCCGCUGA